ACAUACAAUCCAGACUUUAUUGCAGUGUUCCCCGGGCGGUGGCGUUGAACGGUUUAAAAUUUCAAGAUCAGCAGACGAUUCUAUACUUAAAUUGAACCUGCAAUGAAGGCGUUCCUCUAUGUCUGCCUGAUGAUUCUGGGCUUAGUAGGCGUGGCUACGGCUAAGCGUCGAGGACCAGUUCGAGACAAGCUCCCAGUUACACUGUACUACGAGGCUUUGUGUCCCUACUGCAGGGAAUUCGUCACCUCGCAACUUUUACCCGCAAUGAUGCGCCUGAACCUUUUCCCAUUUACAGAGCUAACUCUGGUCCCCUAUGGAAAUGCCAAGCUCGACGAUGCCGGAAAUGUCGUUUGUCAGCACGGGGUGGAUGAAUGCGAGCUAAAUGCAAUUCAUGGAUGCAUUCUGGAGCACCACAAUAUCACCCAAUCUUUCAAGCUGAUCGCCUGCAUGAUGAGGGGCAAGAAGAACAGGCUGGACAGGUGCGCUGACCGCUACAAAAUCGAUGUGGGCGAUGUAAAGAAAUGCAAGGCAACCCGUUCCGUCAACGAUAUAUUGGCUAAGUACGGCCAGGAGACAGCCAAGGUCUCGUUCAACGGAGUGCCGGCCAUAGCAUUGGAUAAUAUUUACGAUGCAAAUGAGUCCGAACAGCUCUCGGACAAUUUUGAUGUCAUUUUUUGUGCGAAAUACAAGGAAAAGUUUAAUAAAAGCCUUGACACGUGCCCUUAAAUGCUAAACUGUCAUAUUUUUAUUUAAAUAAAGAGUCUAAAUAUUUUUAAACUA